GUGAGACCCGCUGUCCCAAGCUGCUUCUCCAUCCUUAGCAGUUCCCUUGGCUCCUUUGUGAGAGGCUAUCCAGGCUGUCCCUCACAUCUUCUCGUUUCCUUCUACAUUCUAUCCCUCUCUCCCAGGUGCACCUCCAGUCCCAAGUCAUGUCCUGCUACUCCCAGUGUGUGCCAUGCCAGCCCUGCGGCCCGACCCCUCUGGCCAGCAGCUGCAAUGAGCCCUGUGUCAGGCAGUGCCAGAACUCCACCAUCGUCAUUGAGCCCUCUCCCGUGGUGGUGACCCUGCCCGGACCCAUCCUCAGCUCCUUCCCGCAGAACACCGUUGUGGGCUCCUCCACCUCCGCUGCUGUUGGCCGCAUCCUCAGCUCUGAGGGCGUGCCCAUCACCUCGGGGGGCUUUGACUUGUCCGGCUUGGGCAGCCGCUCCUGUGGCAGAAGGUGCCCGCCCUGCUGAAGCCGCUGGCCGUGGACCUGGAAAAAUUCUUCCAUGAGCCACAAACACGUUGCUGGAUCACCUGACCAAGCUCAGCUCCUCAAGCAAAUGCUGACAGCUGGAGGCAAUCCUGGGUUUUCCGAAAACAGCUCAUGUCUCUUUUUCAUUUCCUCUAUUUCCAUUUUCUUCCCUUCCCUCCCC